AUGAAGGAGGUGACGGUGGGCGAAGAGGAUGAGGAAGUGUUGCGGGAUUAUUUGGCGUACUACAUGGCUCGAGGGGCGGAGGGGGAGCUGGUGGUGUGCGAUGAAGCCUCCCUGAAGGCGAGGGCGCGACGGCUGCUGGGACCGCGGCGGCGCGGCGCCCUGGACGUGCGCUGCAUGGCGGAGCGGUGCCGGGGGGCCCGCGGCGAGCGGGGCGGCAGCGUCCUCAGCGACCUGCGCAAGGCGCUGGAGGUGAUGGAGCUGCUGUGCGUCAACCUGCUGCUCUCCCCGUGGCGGAAAGAGAUCAGGUCGCUGAAGACAUUCACCGGUAAUUUUGUCUACUAUAUUCAAUCUGUGCUCCCAGAUGACAUUGUAAAAACAGUACUGGAGAAAAUAGGUUACAUUGCAACAACAGCAACAGAGUUUUCACUUGUCAAAAAGAGAAACAAUGAAGAAACGAAGCAGACUGCAUUUGAAAUAUUCCUGGCAAGAAUUGAGUGUGAAACCAUCCUCGAAAUGACAAAUGAAGAAAAACAUGGCAAUUUGGAAGAGACCUUACAGAAGAGAACACAAAUGCACCAGCAUCAUGGAAAUAAAGACAAAGAAGAUCAUACACCCCAGAGAGAAGACACUGAAAAUCUAGAAGAUAAAGCAAACGAUGAGACAUCUUUGUGCCUUGCUACUCAACAAAAAUCUUCAUCUGCUAGUGAUACAUCCUUUGAAGGUGCUGGGGAUCUGAAGAUCAAAGAUGGUGUGCUUCGGUUAGCAGUUGCUCAAUCCACUAACAGGCUUCAGGAACACCAAAGACAAAUAAUUAACACUGUACAUUUGCCAGGCAAAUGCUCUGACACUGAGGACUUCUUUAUCAAAUAUAGUGACAUUGUGAUAAGACAAACACCUGUUUUCAGUGAGAAUCUUUCUCCAAAAGCUUUUGAAAAAAAGCCAAGAGCCAGUCUAAGUGAAGAAUGUGUUUUGGCAGUCACUGCAGAGUCAACUGCAAAUGAGAUCAGGCCUGUGCCACUCUCACCAGGAGCAAGUGGUCCACCAGCCUUUGCAAUAUUUGCUGACAGCUCUUGUGACAGUAGAACCACUUCGGAGUACCAAGCCGAAGAAGUCCCUGAAGGAUCAAUUGAAGCAGAAAUUAACGAUGCCAUAAAUUGCAUAGACCCAGACCCUGCAGAUGAACCCAGUGAGCUGAAGUCUCUGCCAUACAAGGACAUUGCAUCUGUCAAAAACUGCAAUGUCCCUAGGGAAGAGGAAAUUUGUGAUCUGUCCUUAACCUUCACAAAACUGCAAAUCAAGGACACUCAGAAAGACCUUAUGUAUCCAGUAGAGGAAACUGGACAACCUGAGUCAGUAUCAUAUGCAAGUACAAGUGACAGGCAUGUAAGAGAAUUUAAUCACUCCAGAAUAAACCGUACAUUUCUGACUAAUGCUCACAUUCAAAGCAGAGCAGCUGCACAUACAGAGGUAUCUUCAGAUCUAUGCUGUUCUACUGGGAAUGUGGAGGAUUCCACUACUGGUUCUGAUAGCAAAAGACUAUUAAUGGAUACUGCUAAUGCACAUACAGCUUCUGCCUGUUUCAGACACAUUAGAGAGCCUCCUAACCUCACCUACAUUCCACCACAAAGUAUUGAUGUUCGGUCUUCACUCAUAGGAAGGACCAGCACAGAGGGCAGAGGGAGCCUCUUGCAGCCUGAAUGUGACUCUCCCAAAUCCAGUGAAGUAAAGCUGGAGAACUGUAAUUCAAAAGUAAAUGAAAUCCAGGAGCCUUAUGUCAUUAUUGACAAAACUGACCAAGGAAUGUUAUGCCAUCACACUUGAGUCUACCAGUACUUCUAUUUGUAAUCUGCCUGGGUUUUUUCCUCUCACUUGUGGCUUUGAUGAUGUUUUCAAGGAGGUAAUUAGCUUUGUGAAAACAGUUUUACAGACCUAUUUCUGAAGUAUUCUUCAAGUAUAGCACGCUGUACAAUGAUAGAAAUAGAAACAGCUGUUUCUAAGUUGCAAGACCCACUUUAUAGCUUUACAAAUGCUGUACUGGAGUGCACUUCUGUUAACUCAUUACACUCCCGUGAAGCUGUGCUCUGAGCUGAUUAUACUCCUGUUUUCAGUUGAAAAUAAGUUCAUAAAGUUUUACAACAUUCCUUUAGGUUUAACAAAGGAAACAGCCUUGUGAACCCUUCCAGUUUUCUAGAGGCAGUAACCUGUUUUGCAGGUUUACACCUGUCUCCACUCGCUACCAGAAUUUUUCGUGGCUACCACAAAUGUCAGAAGCACUGCUCAUCAUAGUUCACUGCUGCUGGGAGAUCCAGCUACUGCUGCCACUUUGUUCUGCACCAGCUCUGGAUUUUAUUUCUAACUGGACUUUUCUGUGAGCCAGUUCAUUUUGUUUAAAUGAAGGGGGAAAACUGCCAUUCUCGUGGCAGGAAAAAAAUUAGAUCAGAGAAGGGUCCCAGUGAGUAUUAGCGCUGGAAUAAGGGCUAUUCUUAGGUGGGAGUGCUGUGUGAAAAGCAUUGUGCUGAAAAGGAAAGGGAGCCAGGAGUAUUAGAUCAGCUGUAAGCUGGAGUCCCAGCACUAAGAACCUCUGUCAUACACCACAUUUAAUUAAGUUCAGAAAGGCACACAGUCCCUGGUACUGUAUUUCUGCAGAGUCUUCAAUGUGUGUUUAUACACUUGCUACCUAGAAGACAGUUGAAUACUGCUUGAAGUAACUUCCAGUAGCACAUCAAAGUUUUGUUUCAUGUAUAAAGUAAUUAGCUGAAAUUGUUUAUAGUUGACUGUCAUCCCCCAGAAAUUCAAAGAGGAGCACAUGUUUUACAUUAGAAAAACCUCAAGAGUGAAAAAGUAAAGCUCUGUUUUUUGAACAACUAAUUGUUGAGGUCCCCUCACCACUGGAUUCCAGCAGUGGAGGAGGAAUUAAAUUUUGAUCAAAGUAACAUCAAGUGACAGGGCUGCCUUCAGCUUUGGGUAGGGUUGGGAGAAAACAGGUAUUAACACAGACAUACAAAUUAAUACUUCUGUUCUAGGUCUGGCUAGGAUUCAGAUAGCUUUCUUCACAGCAGCCCCUGGCGUGGUGUGUUCAGAAUUCAUGGCUAAACUGUUGAUAAUUCGCCAGUGUUUUGGCUAUUGCUGAGGAGUGCUUGCAGUGUCACAGCCUUCUCUUCUAACUACACCCUGUGAUGAGUAACUGGGAAGGGGACCCAGCUGAGCUGAACUGGCCAAACGGAUAUGCCAUACCAUGUAACAUCAUGCUUGGCAAUAAAACUGGGGUGACAGAAGAAGGUGGGGGUUUUGUCUACCAAGGUGGCCAUUGCUCAGAGACUGGCAAGGCACUAGUCUACUUGUGGGAGGUGGCAAGUUACUGCCAUUGCAUCACUUGGGUUCCCCACCCCUUUCGUUUGGUUCUUAAACCUCUGUCUCAACCAAAAAGCUCUUGCUUUUGCUCUUCCCCUGUUGUUGGAGAAGGGGGGAGCAAGCAGCCUCCUAGCUCUUCUUUCAAGAACUUAUCCUUUCCAUUUUGGUUUUAUAAAGCUGUGUUUUCUCCCUGUGGGGGUGAUUAUGUGUUUUAAUUGAGUGUCUAUCUUCAUAGGAAGAGCUACUAUGCACUUAAGUCUUCUGGAUAUUUUUAUGUGAGUUUGUUAUUCACAGAAUCACAGAAUGGUUUAGGUUGAAACAGACUAAGAUCACCUAGUUCCAACCCCAUGCCAUGAGCAGGGAUGCCUCACACACUCAAGCAAGCCCUUUCCAGCCUGGCCUUGAACACAGGGAUAGGGCAGCCACAGCUUCUCUGGGCAACCUGUUCCAGUGCCUUACUGUCCUGACAGUUAAAGAAUUUUUUCCUUGCUGCUAGAACACCUUCGCUUUCUUGUACAAAUGGUAGAAUUUUAAGGUCUUGUACUAGAAACUACUGUUGCAUUUGCAACUGAUUUAGUUAAAGCUGAAGAGUGAAAAGAAGGGAUCUGAAAACCAGCUGAAACAAAAGAUAAGUCAUAUUUAAUAGGCAGCAGUCCUUUGUGCAGCUGCUUCCACAUGAGUAAGGUAGGUUUAAAAAUCCUAGUUGUAAAUACAGUCAGACCUGAGAAGAGGGACAGGUAAAAGGGUAAAAUAAGAUUUCUGACCAGCCAGUGCCCUCCUGCCCCUGUUGGUAGUAACCACUGCACCUCUCCUUGGCUAGUAAGUGAAGUAAGAGUAACCACUUAGGCAGGGCAGUGCUAGCAGCCAGCAAGAGGGCUGCCUGGGGCCCUUUCUAAAGAAACGUGGUUUGUGUUUCUCAAAUAUGCAUCUAUCCUCUGCUGAGCUGUCAACUUCAGUUGUGCUACAGCUGGUUCUGAUUGUCUGAGCUGAAUGGGGAUUUACUGACUGAUUGGAUGUCUUUCCAUCACAGAGACUCUAGGCCAAUUCUGUUCCAAAUGUGUAUGCUACACACAACCACUCUGAAUGGCUCAGAUCUCCCAACAAGCAUUGGAUUAGAAUAAUUCUCUUUCAGUGAGUGUAGAUACAGAGCUCAGGCAGCAGACCUGGUAGCUGGGUUAUAGUCACACCCUCUCCCUUCUGGAUCUCUUGCAAUAGUCAUUUUUCUUCCCCUUAACAUUUAUAUCACACAGAGACACUCACCUGUCUGGACUUCGCCUUAGGGUGCUCAAGGAGCAAAGCUUUGUUUUAGAACAAACUUUGUUGUUUUUAAGCCAAGAAUGAAAAACAAAUUUCAGUGUUAGGACAGAAUAGGAAAAGAAAAAACAAACCCAAGAUGGAAAAAGACUUAAGACUGUAUUUCUCUUUAGUAAUGCCAAUCAAUUAGUAGGAAUUAGUGUACCAACUGCUAGGUUUUGCUCUAAAACUAAACUUUUCAUCUUCAAAAAGGCCUGUAACUUUCAGCCCCCUCAAAUGCUGGGGGGUGGAAAAAACACCACCAUAAUUUGACCCAACUUCAUCCUGCUUUAGAAAUACACAAUGUUUACUUAAACCUCCACAUAUUACAAGAAGGAUUGGAUUCUCCAAGUCAUGAAACAGGAUGGUAACUUGCUAGGACAGCCAUUUUCAGGAGAGUAAUGACAGCUUAGGUCUGAGUCUUCAGAACAACUGACAUCAGAAUACCCAGCACUUCUUUCUGCAGGAUGAGGUGCACUGAAGAGAGAUGCUGGAUUGUUCCCUGGUAUUGGCAGUAGUCUGUGUGGUAAUUACACUGGUGAAAGCAAUUUUCAAGGUUUCUCACAGCUUGUAGUUUUGGACAGUCAGUUCUGAAAAGUUUAAUCAAACAACGAAGAUCUCCUGAGCCUGCUUCUUGUGCUGGAAGAAAGGACACGAAAGGCCAGGCUAAGACAGUGCAAAUAUUAAAUACUAUUAUUUUUGCCAGUCUGUCUUACUUGAAAUCAGUUUAUAUACUGCUCCCAGAUGUUACUCAUCUAAGACACCCUGACCAGGACAAAGUCUGGAGAAAACAUCAUCUCUUCAGACUAAAGUAUGUAAUAAAGAAAAGGCAAUACAGGAGGAGAUAACCACUCUUCAUACUUUGCAGUUUAGAUGUGGAACUCAUUGUGACAAAAGUAAUUAAACCCCGUAAUUUUUACUCAAGUAUUCUGACAAUAUACCCUAGAAUAGCCAAAAUGCAUGCAAAGCCAGCUAUGUGUGGCUCAGUCCACAAGUAUAGGCUGUAUCCAGACUACAGAGUAAAUUUUAAAAGGCAAGAGCAGUAUCAGGUUGUUUAUAUUCUAUGAUCCAUUCCAGUGGUAAUGAAGAUCAGUCUGUCUACAGAAAGGAGUACUUUGCAACAUGCUACCUCAUCACUGCUUCUUAGUUACAAAAGAAACAAAAUACUUACCAGACUAAUGCGGAUUACCCUUCUUCCCCUCUUGUCAUCAACUGAGAGAUUUCAAGGCAGAAAAGCAAAUAAAUUCCAGAUUCCAGGCUUUAAACAGUUA